UGUCUUUAAUCUUUACAAGUUUGAAAGGUAUACGUUAUUGUUCCCAUUUCCCAGAUGGAGAAAUUGAGGUUCAGGAAGGUUACACAAAGUCCCAGUUCUAAGAAAAAUGUCUCCCAGAUUCCAAAAGAUGUUUCUAUUAUGCUAAUAGUGGCCGUUCAAGCAUUAGAGGAAAGGUUGCCCGUGGUAUCGCUGGUAAAUUCUUCUUCCCACUUUCAAAUCUAGAAUAGUAAAACAGCAAAAAUCCCAACAGGCAUGAGAGUUAUCGCAGUAGAUAGGUUAAGCUGCUUCUCUGCUGUGGUCAACGUCAGCUCUGUUGCGAGGCGGGUUCUCCCAACAAUAGCCCACACCAUUUCCAGGCUUUUCUGGGCGAGGGGCAGGCCGGAGUGUGGAACUUCUCUGGAUGCGCCCGGCCCCCAAAGCGAGAAGACAGACAGCCCCGGUUCUCCGCAGCCCCAGGUUUGCUCCUCAAGGACGGAGGGGCCUCUCAGCUCCGGCCGCCUCCUUUCCGCCCCCUGCAGGCCGGCCGGACGAAAGCUCAGGGCCCAGGUCGGCGCAGGGAGCACGGAACCAAAGAGCGCCAGCGCCGGUUCGGCCGCUUUUCCACAAAGCCCGGGCCGAACGGCCCCGCCGCGGAGACUCAACGCGGAUCGCUGCUCCUCGCCAUGGCGCGGGUGCUGAUCGUGGGCGCCGGGGUGACAGGAAGCUUGUGCGCUGCGCUGCUGAGGAGGCAGACGUCCGGUCCGUUGUACCUUGCUGUGUGGGACAAGGCUGAGGACUCAGGGGGAAGAAUGACUACAGCCUGCAGUCCUCAUAAUCCUCAGUGCACAGCUGACUUGGGUGCUCAGUACAUCACCUGCACUCCUCAUUAUGCCAAAAAACACCAACGUUUUUAUGAUGAACUGUUAGCCUAUGGCGUUUUGAGGCCUCUAAGCUCGCCUAUUGAAGGAAUGGUGAUGAAAGAAGGAGAGUGUAACUUUGUGGCACCUCAAGGAAUUUCUUCAAUUAUUAAGCAUUAUUUGAAAGAAUCAGGUGCAGAAGUCUACUUCAGACAUCGUGUGACACAGAUCAACCUAAGAAAUGACAAAUGGGAAGUAUCCAAACAAACAGGCUCCCCUGAGCAGUUUGAUCUUAUUGUUCUCACAAUGCCAGUUCCUCAGAUUCUGCAGCUUCAAGGUGACAUCACCAACUUAAUUAGUGAAUGCCAAAGGCAGCAACUGGAGGCUGUGAGCUACUCCUCUCGAUAUGCUCUGGGCCUCUUUUAUGAAGCUGGCACGAAGAUUGAUGUCCCUUGGGCUGGGCAGUACAUCACCAGUAAUCCCUGCAUACGCUUCGUCUCCAUUGAUAAUAAGAAGCGCAAUAUAGAGUCAUCAGAAAUUGGGCCUUCCCUCGUGAUUCACACCACUGUCCCAUUUGGAGUUACAUACUUGGAACACAGCAUUGAGGAUGUGCAAGAGUUAAUCUUCCAGCAGCUGGAAAACAUUUUGCCAGGUUUGCCUAAGCCAAUUGCUACCAAAUGCCAAAAAUGGAAACAUUCACAGAGACAGUGUCUUGCUCUGUCAUCUAAGCUGGAGUAUAGUGGCCUGAUCAUGGCUCACAGCAGCCUCAACUUCCUGGGCUCAAGGGAUCCUCCUGCCUCAGCCUCCCGAAUAGCUGGGACUACAGGUACCAAGUGCUGGUGUGAUUCUAGGAUGUGCGAAGAGCCCCUGGAUGAUGGCGAUUGGAUUUCCCAUCUGACUUCCUGGAAAUUGGAGCACACAGUCUGGUUUUAUUUGAUUUUUUUUUUAAGGAUACCACUUCACAGCCUUUAGGAUAGCUAUUAUUUAAAAGCAAAACAAAAAGCAAAACAGAAGAUAAAUAUUGGCAAGGAUGUGGAGAUAUUGGAUACCCUUGUGCAGUGCCGGUGGGAAUGUAAAAUGAUGUAGCUACUAUGGAAAAUGAUAUGGCAAUUUCUUUAGAAAUGAAAUAUAGAAUUGCCGUAUGAUCUGCAGUUCCACAUCUGGAUAUCUAUCUAUCCAAAAGAAGUGAAAGUAGGAACUUGAACUAACAUUUGUACACCAAUGUUCACAGCGGCUUUAUUCACAACAGCCAAAAGGUGGAAGCAACCCAGUGUCCAUGGAUAGAUGAAUAGAUAAAUAAAAUGUGGUAUAAACAUACAAUGGGCUAUUAUUUAGCCUUAAAAGGGAAGGAAAUUCUGACAUGCUGCAAUAUGGAUGAAGCUUAAAGUCAUUAUGCAAAGUGGAAUAAGCCUAUCACAAAAAAUAAUAUUACAUAAUUCUACUUAUAUGAGGAAUCUAGAGCAGUAAGUUUCACAGAGACAGAAAAUAGAAUGGUGGUUGCCAAGGGCUGGGAGAAGAGGGCAAUGGAGAGUGAGUGUUUAGUGGGUCAGAGUUUUAGUUUGGGAAGGUAAAAAGUUCUGGAGAUGGAUGAUGGUAAUGGGUGCUCAACAGUGUGAAUGUACUUAAUGCCACAGAACUGCACAUUUAAAUAUGGUUAAAAUCAUCACUUUUAUGUUAUGUAUAUUUACCACAAUAAAGAAGUUGAUAUUUCUUAUACUUACAAAGAGGAAAAGGGCAUUUGCAAAUCAACAAGAAGUGUGAGGCCCCUCUCUCUAGCAGAAAAAUAGACUAAAUCUAUUUCUUUAUCUUUUAACAUCCUGUUUAAUGGAAAUGCCAAAACAAAUGGGAAAAAAUACACACACACAAAUAUAUAUGAACAUGUUUUGCCUCAUGAGUAAUCAAAAUAUGUACAUAUGUAUGUUUAUGUAUGUGUGUUUAUAUUUAAAAUCGUGUUCUGCCUUAUGAGUAAACAAAAAGUAUACAAAUUAAAAACUGUAAUGAAACGUAAUUUUUAACCUAUCAAACUGGCAUUUUUUUUUUGAAUGACUAAAUUCUAAUCAGGGAUUAAAAUGACUGGUAGAAGUAAAAACUUUCACAUCCUGUUCGCAUAGUAAGUUGGCAAUAUGUAUCAAGUGUUUUUUAAAGCAUGUUUUCUAACUCAAUAAAUUUCAUCUAGGAGUCUGGCUUAAAGAAAUAA